CAAACGGAGAGGCGGUGUUUUGAAAAAUUGAUUGUGGGAAAAAUAAAGAAAUUUAGUCACAUCAUUGUAAUACAGGCCCCCAUCUCUUUUUACGACGAUUAUGGCAUCAGACAACAUCCAAGUAGCCAUAAGAGUUCGUCAACUGAUCCAGAAAGAGCUGACUAGUGGUCUAAAGUCACACUGGAGUGUGCAUGAGAAUUCCAUCUGCUGCGAUGACAGUGAUGCAAAUGGAAGGAAACCAACUCCUUAUAUAUUUGAUCGAGUAUUUGAUGACACUACUGUAACAGUGGACAUUUUUGAAGAAAUAUGCAAGCCAAUUGUCGAUUCUGCCUUGGCUGGUUUUAACGGCACUAUAUUUGCAUAUGGCCAGAGUUCAUCAGGAAAGACUUUCACCAUGUCAGGGAGCAGAGUUCAGCCAGGAAUCAUUUCCCUUGCUGUUGAUGAGAUAUUCAACUAUAUUGAAAAUAUACCUGACAGGGAGUUUCUCAUACGUGUUGGUUAUUUAGAGAUCUACAAUGAGAAAGUGUCAGACCUACUUAGUGCCGAGGAUAGCCAUCUUAAGUUACAAGAAGACACAGCUCACAACAUACAGGUGGCAGGACUCACUGAAGAAGUGGUUAAAGAUAGUUCGGAUGUUUACAAAGUUCUCAAAAAGGGAGAUACAAAACGUCACACAGCAGAGACAAAACAAAAUGAUAGGAGCUCCAGAUCUCACUGUAUACUCAGAUUUGUGAUAGAGAGUAGAGAGAUUGGACAUGAAGAUGAUGCAGUUAAUGUGUCAAAUCUUUAUUUUGUGGACCUUGCUGGUUCAGAAAAAGCUAAUGAUAACUCUGGAGACAGAUUCCGCGAGGGCUGUGCCAUCAAUAAAAGUUUGUUUACACUGGGCAUGGUGAUACGUAAACUCAGUGGAGAUGCUAGUCAACAGCAUGUGUCAUUCCGAGAUUCCAAGUUGACACGUAUUCUACAGAAUGCCCUUGGUGGCAACUCAAAGACAGCAAUUAUCUGCACAAUCACUCCAGCACAUGUGGAAGAAUCUGAUGGUACCCUAAAGUUUGCAUCUAGAGCAAAAAACAUAAAGAAUAAGGCUGUAGUGAAUGAGAUUAUGAGUGAAGCAGCCAUGCUGAAGCAAUACAGAUUGAAGAUCAAAGCACUCGAGAAGCAAAUUAAAUCGAUAAAUGAUACAAACAUAAAUCUUGAGAAAGCUGAAUGGGAAAAACAACUGCAGGCAAAGGAACUUCAGCAAGCUGAAAUGAUAGCAAAACUACAGGCCAUGAUUGUAACAUCUGGCUCAGGGCAUGUUGGACCAGAACCUCCUAAGAAACGUAGAAGAGAAACAUGGUGUCCAGGAAAAGCUAAAAGAGAGUUUCGUGGUUUACAUGCAAUCUCUGAGAUUUCACCCCCAAAACUGUAUGAAUUACGGGACAAAACACUUCCAUUCACUGCAAGAGUGCAGGACAACACAGUGUUUGAAGAGGAGGACUCGUUCCACUUGCUGGAGAAUGCAACAAGUAUAAACUCUGGCAGCAACAGUCACAAGCAAAACUCACCAGAUCCUAAUGAAACCAUACAAACAGACGCAACUCUGAAGCAACUGUUUCAGUUACAAGAUGCACAUGAAGUGGUGUUGGAAGAAUUAAGGAAAAAGGAUGAGGAGUUAAAAGAAUUGCAGGAAUUUACAAAUAUAGAAAGACAAAUGGAGGCAGAUGAAAUCAAAAAAUUAAAAGAGGAUUUGAAGAAAUUGACCGAGGAGAACAGAUCAAUGAAAGAAACUGUAAACUGGCUGGAAGAAGAACUGAUGAAGUCACAGAAUGAAAGGAAGAACCUAAGAAUGACUGUGCAGUCAACAAAUGCCAAAUUGAAUGCUGCAGAGGAUGGUUCAGGACUAUCAGAAAAAAGUAAACAGUUGACAGUGUCAGAGGCACGAGUUUCAGAUCUAAACACUGAUCUUGAGAUUCAGAAAUCACAGUAUGAAUUUGCUAUCCAACAGAUGAAACAUAAGUUAGAAGUUUACACAACAAUGCUUGAAGAAAAAGGUGUAGACUACAAUAGUAUAAAAGCUAGACUUUCUAGUCAGUCAGAGGAAUUAGAUCAAGUUAAUACAGAGAAAAAUGAUGAAAUAGCAGAAUUAAAACAGAAACAUGAACAAGAGAUUAAUGAUCUGAGAAAUGAGGUUGAUAUGUUAGUAUUAGCUCUUGAGAAAGAGAAGCAAGAGACUGCUGAAUCUCAGAAACAGUCUGAGCUGGAAUUGGAAGACCAGAAGUCUCGAUUUCAGAAAGAUAUUGAUGAGGCAAAAGAAGAAAUUGAAAUAUAUCAGCAAAUGUUGGAGGAAGAAAAAGCUAAAAGGAUGAACACAAAACAGAAUGGUGAGGUGACAGCCAGUGUUGAUGAUGUAAGACUGACAGAAUUGCAGUCUGAAUUUGAAUUACAAAAGCAAAAUUAUAAAACUGACAUUGCAAAGCUACAAAAUGAAAUUACUAAACUUAGAGAGAUGGCGGGCAGUGGUAAAGAAGUGUCAGAAGAAGAAAAUGUUUCUGUAGUAUAUGAUAAGAAAAUUGAUGCAAUGAUAGCAGAAUAUGAAAAGAAAAUGGAUGAAAUGAAAGCAGAAUAUGAAAUUAAAACUACGCAUUUAGCCGAAGAGUUAGAAAUGGAAAAGAAUAAUGAAACUGAGAGGGAAAAUGAAUAUAAAAAGCAGAUAAAUGAUCUGAAGGAAAUAAAUGAAAAUUUGAAAUCUGAGUUGAAAGAACAGUUGAAGGAUCAGUCAGUUGACUGCAAUGCAAGUAUAAAAGAGUCCAAAGAAUGUCAAACAGAUAAGAUAGAAAGGCAUGUCAACUUUGAUUAUACUGCUGAAAUAAAAAACCAGAAGGAGAUGUAUGAAAGUGUUAUAACUGAACUGACUGAAGAAAGAGAUGCUUAUCAUGCCGUCUUGGAAGAAAAAAGUAUGAAUGAGUCACAAGCAAGCGAUUUAGUUCUACUUAAAACACAGUAUGAUGAGCAAAUUUUCACCUUGAAAUCUGAAAUUGAUAGGUACAAGGAACUCUGUGACAAUAAGAAUUCGUCAGAAUUAGAUGUUGAUAAUGAUAAAUUAAGCUCAGAAGAACAUGAUGAAGAAUUUGUUAAGCAGUUGAAAGAACAGAUACAAGACUUGAAGUUAGAGGUUGAGAAAUACAAAGACUUAUUUGAAUCUGAAAAAGCCAAACUGAGGAGGAGCGGGGGAUUAAGUUUUACCUUAGAUGAAAGUGUUUGCACAAGUGAUUGUAUUGCAACAAGCACUGAACAUAAUGCAAACAGUGGAAUAGAUUUACAGAAAGAAAUGUUACAAGCUGAAAUUGACAAACUGAAGGAAUGUCAUGAAUCUGAAGUAACUGAAUUAAGAGAAGAGAUCAAUAAAUAUGUUAGAAUGUUGGAAACUAUUCAAUCCCAAAACAUGUCUGAAGAAUGCCCUAACAAAAGUCUUCAUGGUAAUGUAGUACAUGAACAAAUUGUUGAAGUUAAUCAAAAGUUUGAAGACGAAAUAAAAAGGUUAAGGGCAAAAAUACAAGAGUUAACUGAUGAUCUUGAAGUUGAGAAAAAAAGGAACAAUUUAUCAGGUGAAGAAGUUUUAGAUUUGAGAUCAGAAAUGUUAAGAGCUGAACAGGAAGAAGCUGAGGCUAAGUACAUUGAGGAAAUCCAGGAAUUGAAAUCUAAAUUAACAUCUUAUGAGGAACAGUUACAGAAAAAUCAAACACAAUGUGAGAAUGAGGAGAUUGAGACACAAAACUUGGAAAUACUUGAACUGAAGGCAAAGCUGACUUCCUAUGAGGAAAUGCUGCAGCAGGAAAAGGAGAAAAUGGAGAGGAUUCUUGAAUCAGUUGAUGAACGCAGGACUGAACUGGAGAAACAUGAAAGUAUGAAAAGUAUGUAUGAAGGAAAAAUUAAGGAACUGAAUGAGGAUAUUAAAAUUUACAUGGAUUUGUUGGAGGAAGGAAAAAGUCAGAGUACGGAUGACCAAAAGUUGGAGGGAGAAGUAGAAGGUAAUAUGGGUAAAUACAUUGAAGAAAUAGAACGGUUGAAAACUGAAUUGCAGAAGUUUACAAAUUUGUAUGAAAUUGAGAAAGAAAAGAAUGAAAAUAGCUGUGAAAACACUGCAGAGCAGAAUAAUGUUUCUGUAGUAUUAGAUAAUGAAAAACUUCAGACACACAUAGAAGAGCUUGAAGAUAAGCAUAAAAGAGAAAUUGAAUUUAUGAAGGAAGAGUUUGCAAAGUUUGCUGAGCAGCAUUUACAGGGGAAAGGCCUGGAAGGAGAAUCUGAUACAGAAGAGAUCAAAACUUUAUAUGAGAAAGAAAUUGACAGUCUGAAAAAAGAAUUACAAAAUUUGAAAGAGAAAUGCAAACAAGCUGAAGAGAAUAAAAGCGAGUCAGAUUGUUGUGUUUUGAGAUCACAAUUAUUGAAAUCUGAACUGGACGAAUUGAAAAAGACACACAAAUUAGAAAUAGAAUCUUUACAGUCAGAACUUGAAAAGAAGAAAAUAUUGCAAGAAUGUAGCAAAGACCCUAGUCUUACUGAAGAUUUGAGAAUUAGAUAUGAAAAAGAGAUUUCAGAACUUCAGCAAAAACUAGAAACAAUAAGUGCUAACAGUCCACAAAAUUGCAUUGAAGACUCAGAAUGUGUAGGCAUGGACCUUCAGAGUGAGAUGCUCAGAGCAGAAAUAGAAACACUGAAAGAAAAUCAUGCUGAGGAAAUAGGAAAAUUACAGGGACAGAUACAGUCAGUAAGUCGCAAGGAGACAAUUGAUGUUAGUAUUAACACCAAUAAAAUACAAGUUGAAGACAGCAUGCCAGAAGCUGAUGAGGUAAAGCAACUUAGGCUGGACUUGGAAAGCUGCCAAAAAUGUUUGGAGGGAGAGAGAGGGAAAAUCUCACAGUUAAAAGACACUAUAGAAUCUUUUGAGAAGCAACGCGAAGUAUAUGAGAGGAAUAUAGAAGAGAUGCAGGAUGACCUCAGCAAUAUGACAACACAGUUACAACAACUUCCUAAAGAUAUAGAAAUCUUACAGACUGCCAAUGCUAGACUUAAACAGGAGAAACUUGACCUCAUAAAUGCUAGAGAAAGAUUCAGUCAUAUGUGUGAUGACCAUGAAGUUACUAUUAAGGAGCUGCAAGAAAAACAAAAAGAAUUGCAGGAUAACAUUCGACAAAUAGAAGAGGAAAAUGUGUGUCUCAAGUCAAGACUGAAAGAGCUAGAACACCAUAUAACUAUUGGUAAAGGCAUGCUAGCAAGUAAAGAUGAGGAACUAAGGAAGCUUGCUAGUGAUCUUGAUGAACAGAAAGAAAGUUUGGACACUGAAUUGCAAGAAAAAGUUAGAGAGAUGAAAGAAUACACAAUCAAACUUGAAGUGAAAGUUAGUGAAGGUGAAGAAACAUUGAAACAAGCAAAUGAAAAAAUUGAAGAAUUAGAACAGUGUGAAGCUCAAUUUUCAGAUAAAAUUCUUAAUCUAGAGUCUGAUGUGGAAAUGUAUAAAGAAAAAGAGGAAGAGUUGAGUAAAGUUUGUACCGAGUACGAAGAGAAGAUUGUUCUGCUGGAAACGGACAUUGAAUCUGUGAAAGCAAAAAACACGGAAUUGGAAAAUACUUUUUCAGAGCAGGAAAAAAGGAUAGAGGGACUAACAGAACAUUUAGAGUUGGCCCAAAACAAAGACAUGGAGUUAAAAGAAAUCCAGUGCAGAUACCAAGACAAAAUAGCAGAACUUGAAACUGAAUUAAAACAGUCGUCAAACCAUUUAAAGGAGAUAGAAUCUCAACGAAAUGAAAUUCAAAAUAAGUUUGAAAUUAUAUCAAGGAAAGUUGAAGAACUCAAGGAAGCGUUAAAAAAAGAAUCUGAGAAAAGAGAAGAGAUUGAAAAAGAGAAAGAAGAAUCUGUGAUGAAAUUUGAACAACAACUGGAUGAAUCAAAGGAGAAACUGCAUGAAAUGGAAGAGAAGUUGGAUAUCUAUGCAGAGACUGUGAAGGAACUUCAGGAAGAGAUAAAGUUGAAUGAGGAGGAGAGUGAACUUCUCCGCUCCAGAGUUACUGAACUUGAAGCUGACAGUAAGGUUGCCAGGGAAACGCUGUCAGAGAAUGACAUGCUUAAGGUCAAACUGGAAAGUCUAGAAUCAGAAUUAAGUGAAAAAUUAGAAUUUAUAGCUAAAUGUGAAACUGAAAUUGAGUGUUUGAAAGAUAAAUUGGCAUUAGCGGAAAGUACAUCUGUAGAAAAGGAAGAGUUGGAUAGACUAGAAACAGAAUUUAACAAAAAUGUGAAGGCUGCUGAGAAAAAGGUUAAGGUCAUAGAAGGAGAGCGAGAUGAAAUAAAGAGACUGGCAGAAAGUCUGAAGACUGAAAAAGAAGCAAUUGAAAAGAGAUUGAAUGACCUGGAGGAGGUGAAGUUGUCACUGGAAGAGGACAAACUACAGUUGGAGAAAGGAUUACAUCCAACAGCUAUCAAAUACCAUUCUCUGCCAGAGAAUAUUGACUGGGAGAAUAGGUGGAAUGAGUUUGUAAGGGAAGAAAAGAAAAAGCGUGUGGCUGUGUUUGCGACUGUAAGAUCACUGAAGAAGGAAGUACAGAAGGAACAAGAAAGACAGAAGAAUGCAUAUGAGGAAGCAUUAGAAGCUGUGUAUGAGAAAGAACAGAAUACAGAAGUGUACAAGAAACUGGAGGAGCAGAUCAAGUCUGUCAGUGAUGAGGCUAAUACCCUGUACUACGACCUUGAGAGGGAAAGAAACAUCACUAAGGAGUUGAGAGAGAAAAUCGAGAAACUCGAAAAAGGACAUGGUGAAGGAACAACAAAAAUUGACUUUAUGAUGGAAGACCAUCCAUGCAAGUACAAGCUGGAGAGUUUCAGUGCCACAGAAAAAUUACAAACAGCUCAGGAGGAGCAUGCUAAGAGGAUAGUGCAGUAUAAAGAGACUAUACAACAGUAUGAUGCGAGAAUUGCCCGUAUGAAGAAUGAGAUGAGGAGAUACCAGAGUAAUAUGGACACAACAUUUGAUGGAAGAUCAGUGAAGAUAGCCAAGCUGGAGAUGGAUACCCAGCCUAGACCUGUCCCGGCAAACAACCCCUGUAGUACACCUUCAGCACAGGAUGAUAUAUCAUAUGGUAACAGUAUGAGUGGUGGAAUUGUCGACCACUUUAAGGUGUGUAUCACAGAGGCAGAGAACAAGAGACUCAAACAGGAGAUGGAUAAACAGAAAAAGAAAAUGUCUCGAGUUGAAGACCUAGAACGUGAAAACUCCAGAGUGAAAGAAGAGUUACAGAAUUUCCGUAAGAAAUAUCAACACAUUGAAGAAAUUGAAAAGGAAAACUUGCAUCUGAAAGAAGAACUUAAAAAGGCCAUGUGUAAAAGCAAGGACUCGCAUAGGGACACAUCAUUGGUUAACAGUUUAAAUUCGAGACAUCCACUGGGAGACAUGUUUGUAACUGCCUCAGAAACGGGCACAGAUUACAUGACAGUGCCACCUAGUCCAAAGAAGGAACCAAGAUAUAAAGUACCAGACCUGAAUCCAAGCAAGAAAGAGGAUAAACUCAUCAGAGAAUGCCAGGAAGAAGUAAAUAACUGUAAAACAACAUAACCAGCACUACAUUACCCCAGAAAGAAGAGAAAAUCUGUAUGAUUUGCUGGACUGAUUUAAGCUGAACAAAGAGAUUCCAUUAAUGUAGUUAAUAUAAGUUGACAAUCUGAUGAAUGGUCAUUUUUUAAUUUCCGCAAAAAAAAUCAUCUCCAAAGAUAUUUAAGGUCAUUGGCAUUGAAGCUAUUGUAAUGUGUAGUAUGUUGAAGCUAUUGCAGUGUGUAGUACAUUGAAGCUGUUGCAGUGUGUAGUAUGUUGAAAUAAAAGUGAUUUUAUUGCACUAUUUCUAUAAUGAGAAUACAAGAUAAGCUUGAAAAGUUUUAGAUACAGAAUACAAGAUAAGCUUAAACAGUGUUAGAUACAGAAUACAAGAUAAGCUUAAACAGUGUUAGAUUUUAUGCUGAAGCUUAUGUUCAUGUCUUCGUUAAGAGAGAAUUUUCUCAGCUUAUCAUAGUAGAUGUGUUUGUGUUUAUGCCCCCGAAGGGAGGCAUAUCAGUCUUCAACUGUCCGUCUGUUUGUUCGUUAGUUCGUUCAUCGCAACGUUAACUUUUUGCAUGAAGGCACUUUACUCGCGAACCAGUGCACCCAGGACCUUCAAACUUCACAUGCUAAUAGUACUUAUUGAGUACACGACCCCUAUUGACUUUGGGGUCAAAGGUCAAGGUCAUCAGGUCAAAGGUAAAGGUGCUUUGGGGGCAUUUGCCACCAUUAGUGACAGCUCUUGUUUAUUAGCUCACCUUAGCAAUGCUCGGGUGAGUUACUGUGAUCGCUCAAUGUCCGGCGUCUGUUGUCUGUCUGUCAACAUUUAGCUUGUGCAUGCGAUAGAGGCUGUAUUUUUCAAUUGAUCUUCAUGAAAUUUGGUCUGAAUGAUUGCCUUGAUGAAAUCUAGGUCGAGUUCGAAUAUGGGUCAUCUGGGGUCAAAAAGUAGGUCAAAUCAAAGAAAAACCUUGUGUAUGCGAUAGAGGCUGUAUUUUUCAAUUGAUCUUCAUGAAAUUAAGUCAGAAUGAUUGCCUUGAUGAAAUCUACGUCAGGUUUGAAUAUGGGUUAUCUGGGACCAAAAAGUAGGUCACUAGGUCAAGUCAAAGAAAAACCUUGAGUAUGCGAUAGAGGCUGUAUUUUUCAAUUGAUCUUCAUGAAAUUUGGUCAGAAUGAUUGCCUUGAUGAAAUCGAGGUCGAGUUCGAAUAUGGGUCAUCUGGGGUUAAAAAGUCUUAAGUCAAAUCAAAGUAAAACAAGGUAUGUGAUAGAGGCUGUAUUUUUCAAUUGAUCUUCAUGAAAUUUGGUCAGAAUGGUUGCCUUGAUGAAAUCUAGUUAGAGUUCGAAUAUGGGUCAUCUGGGGUCAAAAAGUAGGUCAUUAGGUCAGAUCAAAGAAAAACCUUGUGUAUGCGAUAGAGGCUGUAUUUUUCAAUUGAUCUUCAUGAAAUUAAGUCAGAAUGAUUGCCUUGAUGAAAUCUAUGUCGAGUUUGAAUAUGGGUUAUCUGGGAUCAAAAAGUAUGUCACUAGGUCAAAUCAAAGAAAAACCUUGUGUAUGCGAUAGAGGCUGUAUUUUUCAAUUGAUCUUUAUGAAAUUUGGUCAGAAUGAUUGCCUUGAUGAAAUCUAGGUCGAGUUCGAAUAUGAGUCAUCUGGAGUCAUCUGGAGUCAAAAACUAAGUCACUAGGUAAUACUUGUUUAAACUCAAGAGACCACAUUUUUGGUCCAAUCCUAAUGAAAAUUGGCCAGAAAAUUUGUUUCCAUAAAAUCACUAGGUCAAACAUGGUGUAUUUCUCAGGUGAGCGACCUAGGGCCAUCUUGGCCCUCUUGUUAGAUUUCCAAAUUAUUUAUUAGAAUAAUAUAUUCCAGUACCAUUCUGUAUGUGGAAUAAUAGGAGUUCACCCAUUGUUUGAACAGCAGACUUUAUAUAUGCUUUUAUAUAGCGGUUUGUUGUAGCCAAGUUUGUACUCUGUUUCAACAUUUCAACCCUCUUCUGAAGAGAUAUUCUACUCACCCUGGCGUCGGCAUCGGCGUCACACCUUGGUUAAGUUUUUGCAUGCAAGUACAUACAGCCAUCAAUUAAAGGCAUAUAGCUUUGAAACUUAUUUUUUCUUUUUCUAGGUCAAUUACCAACCUCUCUGGGUCAAGUCCCAUAACUCUGACAUGUAUUUUGAGCAAAUUAUGCCCCCUUUUGGACUUAGAAAAUUUUGGUUAAAGUUUUACAUGCAAGUUACUAUCUCCAAAACUAAUGCAGAUAUUGAUUUGAAACUUCACGUGUCUUCGGGGUUAUAAAACUAGUUGAUAGUAGCAAGUCCCAUAACUCUGACUUUCAUUUUGGCCAAAUUAUGCCCCCUUUUGGACUUAGAAAAUUCUGGUUAAAGUUUUGCGUGCAAGUACAUACAGCUAUUUCUAAAAGGCUUAUAGAUUUGAAACUUAUUUUUUCUUUUUCUAGAUCAAUUACCAACCUCACUGGACCAAGACCCGUAACUCUGACAUGUAUUUUUAGCAAAUUAUGUCCCCUUUUAGACUUACAAAAUUUUGGUUAAAGUUUUACAUGCAAGUUAUUAUCUCCAAAACUAAUGCAGAUAUUGAUUUGAAACUUCACAUGUGUCUUCAGGGUUAUAAAACUAGUUGAUAGCAGCAAGUCCCGUAACUCUGACCUUCAUUUUGGCCAAAUUAUGCCCCCUUUUGGACUUAGAAAAUUCUGGUUAAAGUUUUGCGUGCAAGUACAUACAGCUAUUUCUAAAAGGCAUAUAGAUUUGAAACUUAUUUUUUCUUUUUCUAGAUCAAUUACCAACCUCACUGGGUCAAGUUCCAUAACUCUGACAUGUUUUUUGAGCAAAUUAUGCCCCCUUUUAGACUUAGAAAAUUUUGGUUAAGUUUUACAUGCAAGUUAUUAUCUCCAAAACUAAUGCAGAUAUUGAUUUGAAACUUCACAUGUGUCUUCUGGGUUAUAAAACUAGUUGAUAGCAUCAAGUCCCAUAACUCUGACCUUCAUUUUGGCCAAAUUAUGCCCCCUUUUGGACUUAGCAAAUUCUGGUUAAAGUUUUGCGUGCAAGUACAUACAGCUAUUACUAAAAGGCAUAUAGAUUUGAAACUUACUUUUUCUUUUUCUACAUCAAUUACUAACCUCACUGGAUCAAGUUCCAUAACUCUGGCAUGUAUUUUGGGCAAAUUAUGCCCCCUUUUGGACUUUGAAAAUUCUGGUUAAGUUUUACAUGCGAGUUUCUUUCUCCAAAACUAACGCAGAUAUUGAUUUGAAACUUCACUUGUGCCUUAGGGGUUAUAAAACUAGUUGAUAGCAGCAAGUCCCAUAACUGAUAUGCAUUUUGGUCAAAUUAUUCCCCCUUUUGAACUUAAAACUCUUUUGAUAUUUAACCUUUUUAGGUAAUAUUUUCCUGCCUCUGGGACAAUAUUUCGAAUAGUCGAGCUUGGCUGUCUUACGGACAGCUCUUGUUAUUACUAUAGUAUGCCAAGUAUAUAACAUUGUGUCUAUAUAUUGUUUUAUUACUAUAGUAUGCCAUUGUAUCUAUAGAUUGUUUUAUAUAAAUUGUAAAAAAUAAUUGCAACUGGUCCAGUAAUUUUAUUAUCGGUUAUGCUUGUAAGUUUUUUCUAUCAACUUUGAUUACUACUCAGUGUUUUGUUCUGUUUUUAGCUCACCUGUCACAUAGUGACAAGGUGAGCUUUUGUGAUCACCCGUCGUCUGUGCGUCCGUCCGUGCGUGCGUAAACAAUUUCUUGUCAGCACGAUAGUGGUUUCAUUUAUGAUUUUAUUUUAACCAAACUUGCACACAACUUGUAUCACCAUAAGAUCUCGGUUCCUUUCUUGAACUGGCCAGAUCCCAUUAUGGGUUUCAGAGUUAUGGCCCCUGAAAGGGCCAAAAUUAGCUAUUUUGACCUUGUCUGCGCAAUAGCAGCUUUAUUUAUGAUUUGAUUUUUACCAAACUUGCGCACAACUUGUAUCACCAUAAGAUCUUGGUUCCUUUCUUGAACUGGCCAGAUUCCUUUAUGGGUUCUAGAGUUAUGGCCCCUGAAAGAGCCAAAAUCAGCUAUUUUGACCUUGUCUGCACAUUAGCAGCUUCAUUUAUGAUUUGAAUUAAAUCAGACUUGCACAAAACUUGUGUCACCAUAAGAUUUUAGUUCUUUUCUUAAACCGGCUAGAUCCCACAAUGGGUUCCAGAGUAAUGGCCCCUGAAAGGGCCAAAAUUAGCUAUUUUGACCUUGUCUGCACAAUAGCAGCUUCAUUUAUGAUUUGAUUUUAACCAAACUUGCACACGACUUGUAUCACCACAAGGUCUUGGUUCCUUUCUUGAACUGGCCAAAUUCCAUCAUGGGUUCCAGAGUUAUGGCCCCUUAAAGGUCCAAAAUUGGCUAUUUUGGCUUUUGCAGCCAUAUAGAGACUUCAUUUAUGGUUUUAUUAGCUCACCUGUCACAUAGUGACAAGGUGAGCUUUUGUGAUCAGCCUUCGUCCGUCGUCGGUCCGUGCGUGCGUCCGUCUGUCCGUCAACAAUUUCUUGUCUGCACGAUAGUGGUUUCAUUUAUGAUUUUAUUUUAACCAAACUUGCACACAACUUGUAUCACCAUAAGAUCUCGGUUCCUUUCUUGAACUGGCCAGAUCCCAUUAUGGGUUCCAGAGUUAUGGCCCCUGAAAGGGCCAAAAUCAGCUAUUUAGACCUUGUCUGCACAAAAGCAGCUUUAUUUCUGGUUUGAUUUUUACCAAACUGGCACACAACUUGUAUCACCAUAAGAUCUCAGUUCCUUUCUUAAACUGGUCAGAUCCCAUUAUGGGUUCCAGAGUUAUGGCCCCUGCAAGGGCCAAAAUCAGCUAUUUUGACCUUGUCUGCAGAAUAGCAGCUUUAUUUAUGAUUAUAUUUUAACCAAGGUUGCACACAACUUGUAUCACCAUAAGAUCUUGGUUCCUUUCUUGAACUGGCCAGAUCCCAUUAUGGGUUCCAGAGUUAUGGUCCCUGAAAUGUCCAAAAUCAGCUAUUUUGUCCUUGUCUGCACAAUAGCAGCUUUAUUUUUGAUUUGAUUUUUACCAGACUGGCACACAACUUGUAUCACCAUAAGAUCUCGGUUCCUUUCUUGAACUGGUCAGAUCCCAUUAUGGGUUCCAGAGUUAUGGCCCCUGAAAGGUCCAAAAUCGGCUAUUUUGACCUUGUCUGCACAAUAGCAGCUUUAUUUAUGAUUUGAUUUUUACCAAACUGGCACACAACUUGUAUCACCAUAAGAUCUUGGUUCCUUUCUUGAACCGUCCAAUUCCCGUAAUGGGUUCCAGAGUUAUGGCCCCUGAAAGGGCCAAAAUUAGCUAUAUUGACCUUGUUUGCACAAUAGCAAUUUCAUUUAUUAUUUGAUUUUAACCAAACUUGCACACAACUUGUAUCACCACAAGAUCUUGGUUCCUUUCUUGAACUGGCCAGGUUCCAUCAUGGGGUCCAGAGUUAUGGCCCCUUAAAGGUCCAAAAUUGGCUAUUUUGGCUUUCGCAGCUAUAUAGAGUCUUCAUUUAUGGUUUUAUUUGAUACAAACUUCUAAAAUAUCUUCAACAACAAUAAAUCUUGGAUUCCAUGACAAAUUAGAUCCAAUCGUAGGUUCCAGAGUUAUUUUAUAUCUGAUUACCUCCCCUGAUUGCAGUCAAAAUGGAUUUAUAUCAGUAAAAGUACUUAUAGGACUUAUUUGAAAUUUCAUUGUUGUCAUUAGUUGGACUGAGCCAAUCAAAGUAGAUAACUAUGGACUGAUUUUAUGUCAAAUUACCUCCCUUUAUUUCAAAUUAAAAUGGGUAUAUCUCCGUAACUAAUGAAGAUACUGACCUGAAAUUUCAUUUAUGUCAACAGAUUUAUUUGGCAGUUUCUUCUUUUGAUUACUUACAAUAAUUUUCUUUUAAUUACUUCCCUUUUACAUUAAUAUAAAUAGCUUAUUUUAUUAACUUUUUUACUAUAGGCCGUAGGGAAAAAUCGAGACCACUUUUCUAUGGUACAACAUGGAUGGUACCUCCAAUUUUUAGGUGUAUUUUGACAUAUCUGUACCUUGUAAGAUUUUUUUUUCUUUUUGGUUAGAUUUCUUUCCUUUGUUUUUCCUGUCUUUUGAACUUUUUUUUCUGAGGACCUUCUUGUCCUCAAGUGCAAUGAUAACAGGUGAGUGAUAUAGGGCCAUCAUGGUCCUCUUGUUUUUGUGUUGUAGCCUUUCAUUUAUGUACUUCUCAUCAUUUUAGAUAUAAAAAAUACAUAAAAUGUUGUUAAACCUGAAAA